AUGGCGAGGGCUGAAAUGGCUUUGAAUCAGGACAAGAACAGGCUGCAGCUGCGUCGCCGCAGUGGCAGCCCUGAGCAUUCGAGAUCCUUCAAGUUCACAGCUUGUGCAGUGUCGGAGAACCUCUCUGGCACUCUGUCGCCUCGCUCAUCAGCGAUCGUGCCGGGCCGGAGGGCUGGCAGUCCCGUCCUACGGGGCUUGAAGGUGGGCGAGAUCAUGAGCGUGUUGAGGGAUCGGAGCCCACCCAGGGAAGGAGAGUCGAUGGCCUGGCCACAUCGCCGUGGUGACGAGAGUCUGAUUCUGGCGUCGGCGGCAUAUCCUCGCCGCUCUCGUUCGGCCAGUCCUCCACCCAGAGUUCGACCUGGACCUGGACCUGAUGACGAGGCGAGGCUGGCAGCGAUGUUUGCCGCGGUGUCCGCCGAAGAGGAGGCGGAGGUGGACAUUUUAAAGCUGGGUGGUGUGAACCCUGAUGGCCGUACACGGCCCCUGUCUCCACGCGUGCCGGGGAGUGAUUGGCAGGAAGGGCUUUCCACACGGAUGGCCGAGAGGGGUGGGUCGCGGCUCUUCCCCACGCACCUGGCGAAGUCAGCGCCUGCCUCGGCUUCUCGAGCACCUGCAGGGAUGAAGCCGGGGGGCGUCUUUGUGCCAGGUGGAAGUCCCAAGGCCAAAGCUAAGGCACCGCAGGCGCCAAGCUUGGCCGCGGAGGCACCGUCGAGGUUAAAAAAGUUCUGCAAAGAUCAGCCAUUGAGCCUGGACGAGGUCUUGGAAUUGAAAUCCCUCUUGGAAUCAAAGGGUACCUUGGACUACACUCGCGCCAAGUGCAAGGACCCCCUCUCGCGCGAUAGCAAGGGUAAAGCCACAGGGCCCUUCAGCGCCAGUGCGGCGAAUGCCAAGGGGGACCACACAGGCUCAAGCAUGUUUGGGAGUUGGCUGCGUGACAACUGUAUCAUUGCCUAUGGCAUUUGGCUCACUGAUCCAGAUGGAGCUGGCGGGGAUGAUGCUGUGGCAUGCUUGAACUCUAUUGCCACCUUUCUGCUGACCUACCAGUCCCACAAGAUGGAGUUGGUGAUCAACGGCCAGAAAGAUGUCAAAGGUGACGAGAAGACGUGGAUGGACCGGCCCCACAUUCGCUUCAUUGGGGAAACCGGGAAGGAAGACACCAAGUGGUACAACCACAAGCAGAACGACGCCUUGGGCUAUUUCCUCUGGGCACGAUGCCAGCUGGCGCUAGCUGGCAAGAUGCCUUUCACCGGGGAGCACCUGAAGCUCUGCGGACAGCUCUUCGACUUCCUUCGAACGAUUGAAUGUUGGGAUGAUUUGGAUGCGGGACACUGGGAGGAGAGCUGGAGGGAUGAGCCUGGCGGAGCCUGUGGAGGGAGGUGCUUCGAUCCAACCCAGGCGGGUGAACGGGCGGUUUGGGAGACAGGGUGGCUCUUCCCUGGGAAGAGCGACACCUUGAGCGUUCUGGAAACCAAGUUGGAGGCAGCCCUGAAGACGAUCUUGCCCAACGAGGUGGUGAAGCCACCGAAGAACAAGAAGGACGCCGAUGGAGCCUUGAUUUUCCUUUGCUACCCGUUGGAGGUGGUGCCGACCGCCAUGGGUGAGCAGAUCUUAGAGAGGCUCGAGACCAUCACCGGCCACAUCGCAGUGUGCAGGUAUCGGAAAGACAGCUAUUGGUGCAAGGACUACAAGGAGCUCUAUGCAGAUCCCACGAAACACUUUACAGACGAAGAGCUCAAAGAGCGCGACGCCAAUAUCAAGCCGGGCGAGGAGGCACAGUGGUGCCUUUUCGACCCCAUGAUCAGCGCCUACUACGGCGGGGAUUUCAGUCACAUGUCGAGUCAAGUGAACUUGAAUGCACCACUGCCUUAA